GAAAUCCCCGAUAAGGCGGCGCGCGCUCCCGCUCGGCUCUGAAUGGGGACUGGGUCCAGCCCACUCCUCUGGUAGUGUAGACGCCACGGUCCGCUCGUCCAGUCAGGUCCGCUGCUCCCAGACACACACACCGGCAGUCAACGACGGCACAGCUCCUCCGGAAUGAGAAAUGAUGGCCGGCUCUGCAGCAGAGGAGAAAACCUUCCGACGGUUCCUGGAGCUCUUUCUUCGGGAGAUGAGAAUGCCUCUGCAGGAGAGCGACCCGCCUCCGAUGCGCCCCUUGUCGGACCUGGUGUCUGAGGACGAGGUGGAAGGGGAAUGCCUCGACCUGUGUCUCCAGCACCUCUACAAAUACAACUGCCCAUGCUCCCUGGCGGCAGCCCUGGCCAGAGCCACAGCAGACAGCCUCCUGCAGACCGACCUCUCCAUCCACCACCUCAAUAAGACUGUGGAAGAUGGAGCUGACCCACUACCACAAAUGGAGUCCGUGAAGCUGGCCUGGCUGGUGUUUAAUAGACUGUUUGAGAUGUGCUGCCUCUGGAUGAAGGAGCUGCCCUUCCGCCGCCGUCCACAGCCAUACUAUGAAACUUCCAUCCAUGCCAUCAAGAACAUGAGGCGCAAGAUGGAGGACAAGCAUGUCAUCAUCCCUGACUUCAAUACACUCUUCAACAUCCAGGAUCAGGAAGAACAGGCUUUCUUUGCCGUGUUUGAUGGUCAUGGCGGUGUGGAUGCUGCCAUUUAUGCUGCCAAUCACCUCCACGUCAACUUAGUUCAUCAGGAGUCCUUCAGCCACGACCCCUCUGAGGCGCUCUGCAAAGCCUUCAAAGUCACUGAUGAGCGCUUUGUGAAGAAGGCGGCACGAGAGCACUUGCGCUGUGGCACCACAGGUGUGGUGACGUUCCUGCGGGGCCAGACGUUGUAUGUGGCCUGGCUGGGAGACUCCCAGGUCAUCCUGGUCAGGAGGGGAGAGGCUGUGGAGCUGAUGAAACCACAUAAACCAGACAGAGAGGAUGAGAAGCAGAGGAUCGAGGCUCUGGGAGGCUGUGUGAUCUGGUUCGGCACAUGGAGGGUUAAUGGCAGCCUGUCUGUAUCCAGAGCAAUAGGGGACUCAGAGCACAAACCCUAUAUCUGCGGUGAUGCAGACCACGGCGUCUUCCCAUUGGACGGUUCAGAAGACUACCUGAUUCUGGCCUGUGAUGGCUUUUGGGAUACAGUGGUUCCAGAUGAGGCGGUGCGGGUGGUCAGCGACCACCUCCAGGAGAACGCCGGAGACACUACCAUGGUAGCCCACAAGCUGGUGGCCUCUGCUCGUGAUGCAGGCUCCAGUGAUAAUAUCACUGUCAUAGUGGUCUUUUUGAGGGACCCACGCUCCCCGCCCCCGACCAGCACCGACGACGACGAGGAGGGUGUCGUGGAGGGAGAGGUGGAGGAAGAGGACGUAGCGGAGGCCGCGGAGCAGGAGGAGGAGGAGGAGGAAGACGAAGCAGUCAGGGUCGAGCGCGCUGGUGGAGAAAGAGGCAGCACUGCGGACAUUGGGGGGAAAAGUCGUGGAGGCUGGCCCCUGCAGCAGUGCUCAGCCCCUGCUGACCUCAGCUAUGAAGACCGGACGGACUCGCUCACGGACAGAACUAGCCUCAGCCUGCUGGGGCCAUCACUGGAGGGCCGCAUCUCCCUGACCCGGGACUCGCAGCAGCCCUGCUCCAGCUUUAGCCCCGACCUCUUCACCGCCUCCUACAUCUACCGAGAAGAACGCCCAGUGAGGCACAGGUCCCGUAUCCCUUUUCAGGAGCCUAGCAUCUCUAGAUUUACGGACCCACUCUGGCCCCAGACAGCCAUGCUGUUGGGUCAGGCAGUGAGGCGAAGCCGCAUGCUUGGUUAUGAUAGUCGCCAACGGGGCCGGAGGUGGCCAAGCAGAUCCAGAGAGCUGCUGGGCCUGUUACCAUCUGGCCACAGGCAGCCCCACACGCAGCGCUGCUCCAACCGGAGACCUGAAGUGGCAGUGCCUCGACUGCCCCAUGAUGCCACCAUGUAAAGAGGUGACCCCAAACCAAACCAUCUCCUUCAUUGAUUCAGUCCUGCUCCCUGCCCCUCAGCCCGCCCACACACCACGACCUUCAACAACACGUCUUCAUUUCAUAGGAGGUAGUUGUGGCCCCUGCGGUUGUAACGUGAUUGUUGAGUCUCUGUCGGAAGAUGUCCUAAGCCAAAAUGUUUCCAAAUGUAAGCUGGCCCACUGAGCACAAGUCCUGCUCUUUAAUGCUGUAGGCAAAUUGCAUUGCAAGCUGCAUCCACUCCAUUGUGACCACUGAUCAGUUAAUAUGAAGCCUGGGCUCGAACUGCGGGUUGAAAAGAUGCGUUCAGACUGAAUUUGAAACGAAAAGACAAGAACAGGAAAGUUACCUGCAGGCAGUGCAAAUUAGGAUUUCACAAUGUUUUUGGCAAAAAUAUUAAUUGUCCUUCUUGAACAAGACUGAAUGAGAAAGUUAAGUGUCAAAUAACAGGGAGGAAAGGAGUUACAGGGCAUUUUUAAACUCUGAGCUUUCAUGUGAAAUAAACUUUCAGUGCAUGUUG